CCUGUGGCCCCCAGGCUCAAGAGCCUCUUUCGGAUCGCGGCUCGUCCAUGUGACUCGGCUUCCGCUGCCUGCCUGCCUGCCUGCUUCCGCGAAUAGUAAAAGAGCAGAGGCAUCGGUCCCUUGAGUCAGAGGAGAGGAGAGCGGCUGACCUGGGCUCAGCAGAAGACGGCGUGCAGCGGCGCGGCAGCCAGCGAUAUGGUCAGGGGAUCAACCGUCAGCGGCUUGGGAAAUCCACAGCUAACCACCAGAAAAGCUGAAAAUUCAAUUUGAAGGUGCACUUCUAAAGUAAUCGGAUUAAAGCUCAUCCCCCUCUCCUCUCUCCCGCUCAGCCCUCUCAGCAGUGAAGAUGUUAAAAUGCUAAUCCACGGCCUCACUCCCAUCCUAUUUUGCUUCUUACCCAUGUGGAGCAUCCUGAUGCCGGUCUCAAGCCAUCCACAACACAACCGAUGUCGACUGGUACAAACCACAGCUCUCUGCAACAAUGGCAAGCUAUCCUCUGUGCCUCUUGGACUGCCGGGCUACAUAGAGGAGCUUCAGCUCAACCACAAUCACAUCCAGACACUACCAAACAAUUCUCUCCUCCACUACCCCUUACUAAAGACCCUGAGCUUAGCUGGCAAUGGUUUGGUGAAAUUAGAAUCAAACAGUUUUCAAAACUUACAACUGUUAGAAACUCUCAAUUUAGCUGAGAAUGAUCUUCAUAUUGGAUACCAAGAAACUAAUCAUGCAUUAAUGCAGCUGCCAAGGCUCAGAGCUCUAGAUCUCUCAGAGAAUAAGCUUGAGGACGAUAUGGCCUCAGUUCUUCUCCAGAACCUGACCUCCUUGGAGUACCUCAAUCUCUCCAGAAACCUCCUGCUGAGGUUGGAUGAAAGCUCAUUCAGGGACCUUCACCAGCUCAAAGAACUGGAUCUGCAGAGGAACAUGAUAUUUGAGAUUGAUGGGGGUUUCGACACCACUCCGAAGCUCCAAAGGCUUAACCUGGCCUUCAACUAUCUGCCUUGCCUCACUGAUUUCCACAUGACCCAGCUGGUGGUCCUGAAUGCCAGCCACAACUCCAUUGAGUGGUUUAUGUCGAGACAAGACCUCCAGAACACCUUCCAUUUGGAGACGCUGGACCUAACGGACAACAAACUGUUCUUCUUUCCUUUUUUGCCCAGUAGGACUCGCUUGCGGAACCUCUAUCUGUCCCACAACCGCAUACGAUUUUAUGAACACCUGGCAGACAAUGCCACCUCCCCAAACUGGACCACAAGUGUUCAGUUCUACAAUCUGAAGGGCAACGUGAGCAAUGUGACGGCUCAGCUGUGGGAUGAAAGUGUUUAUGGUGACAUCUCCUCUCUGGAGAUUCUAGAUCUGAGAGGGAAUCAGGUGGAUUAUUUCCCUCGAGGAUUCAUUGGGACAAUGCCUGUUCUGUCCAGACUCCAGAUGUGCACCAACUGUUUGAAAACCUUGAAUCUAACCUUAGAACAGUUCCCUGGAAGUUUGUAUGAGUUGGAUGUUAGCAACAACAGGCUGAACCAGAUUGUAGCAGAUGAAGGUACACUGACAGUCCUUGGCAAUCUGACUUACCUUAAUCUGAGCCUGAAUGACCUAGAGCGGGUACCCACCAGAUUGUUUUCGUCACUACCAAGUCUUAGGUCAGUGGAUCUCAGUUACAAUGACAUUGGUAUUUGCCAAUCUGCGGUACCUGAGGCCAGUGGAGACAACACCUCAGACUGUGUGGUGUGGACAAAUCUGGUAUCUCUAAGACAACUUUCUCUUAAGGGAUGCAAACUUGAAGGCAUUCCCCCUUCUGCAUUUGCAGGAAUGUUUCUAACACACUUGGAACUGUCUGAUAACCCGGGACUCGUUGUUGAAGAAUCAUUGCAAAGCCUCAGCGCAACAUUACAGCAUCUAGGCUUAGGAAACACACACAUACAAGCCUUUGACUUCUCACCCUUCCAAAGGCUUAAUUCUUUAAACAUUUCAAGAAACUCUCUUCCCUAUCUUCCCUCAUCACUUCUAAAUCUGGACCUCCAAAUGCUGGACUUGAGGGACAACAAACUCUCCACUAUUCCCCCGAGCCAGGCUAACACAUUAGCCCCAAAUCUCCGGACACUUUUUCUCACUGGAAACCCAUUCAACUGCUGUCAGAUGGAAUGGUACAGGAUGUUUGAAACAACCAAGACAGUGAAUAUGGUUGACAAAUCUGAUAUUAUGUGUCUGGACCUUAGCAAAAGAACACACCACAUGGAGAUUUUCUCAUCACUUUGGUGUGGGGACAAGAGCAGAGAGUCAAUUCUGUGGUACCUUCUGCUUUACAUACCCAUCUGCCUGUCUUUUGUGGGCAUUUUGAUCAUCUUUCUCUUCACAUUCAGGCCCAAACUGCUAAAGAAAACCAUCAAAAAGAAAUGUUUAAAGCCCACAUCUUACUGAUACUUUAUAAUAAUGAUUAAUUAUUUUGUACAGUGUAUUUUUGAGAACUAGAAAUUCUUUGCAAGUUGGAAAUGAAAUAAAUCACUUCAUUGUACAACUGGCUAAGAUACCAAGCUAGAACUUCUGGCAAUUAAAGUCUCAGGGUAUGUACAGAAUGACCUGCAUCAGUGACAUCUGAGCCCUAAUUGAUUUUUUCCCUAUUGACCUGCCAUGUGAACUGAACCAAACAAAAUGUGGUUCGAACUAGACCCUAAUGCUAAGACCCUGACGUAAAAUGUGGCUGCAUUCUUGUGGGAUACUGGGUGUGUGUGUGUGUGUGUGUGUGUGUGUGUGUGUGUGUGUGUGUGUGUGUGCGUGCGUGUGCUCACACAUAUGCAGAAGUGGUGUGAUGCAAGCUGUUGCUAUAAGCAGCAGAGGAAACAUGAAAUUUCCUGUUUUGCUGAGAUCUGCAACAACUGCCCACUUCUGUAUCUCAGAGAGGAGGGGUUUGAGGUUUCCUUACAAUUGGUAAGACAUACAUGCAACUUAGGACACACUGUUAAUUCAAUAUGAACCCCCACUGCACCAGCACACACAAGGAGUAUGGAUCUAUUGACUGAUGCUAGCUAAUACAUCGUGCUCUGCACUUUGCAACAAUGCAGUGAUGAGCUACCAAACCGAAGCAAAUGCAUAGAAAGAUAUCAUUGCAUCACAUUAUCAUGCAAGUGGAAUAAUCAGCACUGUACAGGGCUGAGGCAAUGCUACUUGAUCAAACUGUGUGUGUUUCUGCAUGUGUGUGUAUUUACUCAUGAAGGGGAAGGAUGGCAGAUCACAGUGUAGCUGUACUGUGCAAUGUGUUACAGUCCUAACCAGAAGGUAACCAGAAUACCACUGUGGUGAUGUGCUAGGGUCAUGGUGGUUGGAACAGAGAAAGAAAGAGAAACUGGAGAAAAGCCAUGUUGAAGCCCAAGCCUGCUCUCCACGUACAGUGUAACAGUAGAGCACGUGUUUAAAAUGCUGGGAUGUGAAUCCUCGUACCAGCUGCUGGCAUGCCCUCCACUCUGAGUUUGUAUAUGGAACUGUAUGAAUGUGAAACAGGAAAAACUAAACAUUUCCAAUAUGUUUCCUCUCAAAAACCUCCCGUUGCACUCCAUAACAUUUUUAGAAAACCUUGACCCAUAAUAGACUUACGCUGGUUUCAAGUCUAAAAACAACUCAUAGGUGAUGCAUAGUUGUUUACUCCAGUG